AUGCAACGACAAAGUAUUCUCAAUUCGCAGUCAUCAUCAUCAAACAAUAAUUCAUCCCAAGAUAAUGUCUAUACACAACAACAGCCACCGCAAAGACCUCUAGCGCAAAGGAGCAACUCAACGUCUGUACUAAGAUAUUCGCAGUCUCCUGCUCCACCACUAUUUCGAAUGAACUCUCUAAAUUUUCGUGAUAGCUCUGGUGGAAUCGGAAAUGUUUCCUCCUCGGGCAGUAAUAGAGGGAUGUUAAUGGAUCAACAUACGCAUCAACGUGGUGCUGCCACUGGAAUGAUUGAUGGACGAGGAGGUUACAUGCAUCAACAACAUUUUCAUCUAAGUGAUAGUCCCGUCUCUACACCAAGACAGGAUUUCAGUUCAAAUCCUUUUGGCUCUUUAAAUAAUGCUGAGAAAAUCGCUGAAGAUACUUUAAGGCAUCACGCCGAGUUCCGUUUACGUCAAGCAGAGCUGAAAUGUUGGACUAGUUUUGCUCCAGUUCCUAGUCGAUAUAAUGGAUACCUAAUACCGGUGAUUCCCGAUUUUUCUCGUUUUGAAUAA